UUGAACUAUGAUCUGUUGAUACCAGUUUAAUGUGAAAUUUGAACAGCUGUUAGUGGAACCAAUGUCUUCUUGAAUCAGCUGAAGUGGUAGUAUUUUAAAUUUAAACCAGAAGACAUGGCUUCUCAAAGGAGAGGUAUCUUGAUCAUCUUCACCUCUUUUCUUCUUGCAGCAAUAACUCAAGGCGUUUCAGGCCAGUACGGGCGAGAACGUGAUCGCAACGACCUCAACCCAUUCCUCCCUGGGGUAUCAUCCCUGUGGUGUUUCCAGUGCAACUCCCUAUUGGACAAAGACUGCGCUUACAUCAAACCCAACGACACUAGCAGCUACCACUACAAGCCUUGUCUAGACACUGAGAAGUACCAGGGAGAAGAGCCGUUCUGUAGGAAAUUAGUACAGAGAAUCAAGGUGCGAGACAACAUGGAGGUGGUGAUCCGCAGGUGUGGCUGGGUCAGACACCCGCGGCUGGACUGUUACCAGAUGAGGAACGAGGACCAUGAUGAGAUCAGCUGUCAGUGUUUUGAGAUGGGCUGCAAUGGCGCACCCUCUCUGCAGCUGGCGUCUACGUCUCUGGUGCUCACACUCACUGGCGCACUGUGUCUCGGCGUUGUGGGAUGGUGAACUGAAAAACUUUACCACCGUGAAGAUUGUUUCAAUGGCCAUUCUUGGUCAAAAAUGAGGGAUAUCUUAAAGUUGUACAAAUUAGUGAAAAACAUAACAAAAUGAACAAAGAAAUUUACAAAUAAUUUUAAAAUGUAUAGAUAUAGCCUUACUAUACUGAAAAAAACAUAUUGAAAUGUUAUUGAACACUUGCGUUUUUACAAGUUCUGAAUGUGUAAUUGCAUGUUUAAAUGCUUAUUGAUGUGCUUUUUUUAUGCUAGACCUUUUUAAUGAUACUAUCUAAGCUAGUUUGUAAUGUUUUAUGUGUAUAUGUUUGCAAAUAAAUAUGAAAUUAUAUGAUUA